GAGGGACAAAAAUUAAAGAGCAGUUCCUACGAAGGACAGUCCACGCAAUUUUUUGUAAAGUCAUCACCGCACUUUAGACUGGUAUUUCCGGCGAGAUCGCCGUUCCGUCAAUAUCUCCGUCGCCAAAACAUCCCCAUUUUAACGGCGGAGCAUUUUUGUAGUGGUGGGCAUCUUUGUCGCUAAUGCAUAUCACUGUACAUAGUGAGGGAUUAUGGGUUUAUUUAGGAGACUAUCUGGAUUUCUAGGGUUUUCUAGAGAUGAAGGUAAUAUAGCACCAUCUUCAGUCGAUGCAGCUCAACCUCAAAAUGUUCCCCGCAGAGGUUUCAGUGUCCCUAUUCAAGUCCCCGUUGAGAGACCACAAUUCGGCCCUAUUAUUGUUCCUUGUAGUUUACUCGAUGGUGGCGUUCAGGGAUUGAGAUGGUACGCCAAGCGUCUUAGGAUAGAUGAAGAUGGAGAUGUUGCUGAUGAGUUUCUCGAUGAGAUCCUUCGUGAUACACCUUCAAGCACAGAAGAUCACCACAGGCAAUAUCCCAAGUUCGAACUGAAGUAUAGUACAAAACCUGCAAAGGUAACCAGCCAGGCACUCUCAGCUGCUGGUAAAAUUCAACAUCGAGUGGAACGUCAAGGCAGAUUGGAGUGGAUUUGAAGACCUACAGUGGCUUGUUGAUCAUAUUUGGGGUUGAGAUUUGACUAAAUUACUACUGGGCAGGUACAUUAUUUUGCUCCAUUCCCAAGGACUAAGGUUUAUUGUGUGAACGCAGUGAUAUUAUUUGGGCAUUCGAUGUUAUCUUGUGUCUGUUCUGUUAGAAAUGACCUGAUGCCAGGAUGCGAGGUUUCAUUCAUAAAGCAGCAUAAUUGUAAGAAAAACUACCAUUGUAUACAUGAUAUUGAACUGUCAAAAUGUUAGGUUUCCAUAGUUAUUAGUUGUCGAAUCUAUUGAAAAAUAUAGUCAGGACGAUGACUUCACCGCA